GAUAAAAGGCGUUCUACGUCGCAGUAGAUACCGGUGAACGUCUUGUGCGUCUGAGAAAUUCAUCAACAGCACUAGCAACGACAUCUGUUGUACGCGCUCGCAUUGUAGUGGACUCUCAAAAUUGUGUGUUGCAAGACUACAACACAGGGCAACCAUGAACGACGAGCUGGGUGGCACAUCGACAACAAGGGUGCCAGCAUGGAAAUUGAGACAGCAACAACGACAAAGCAGACCGCCCGUGUCAUCGCUUCAUACUCGUGCAGACGAUGAACUGGGUGGCGGCGGUAGAUCCUACGCAAGCCGACGAAGAGCCAACGACGAACUCGGUGGCGGAGGACGAUCGUUUGAUAGCCCACUGAGCAGCAGCAGCAACAACGACGAACUGGGAGGGGCGAGGUCUGCGAGGGUGCCGGCGUGGAAGCUGCGAGAGCAGAUGAAACGGGGGAACAACCAUUUUAAGACCGACCUGGACGAUGCCAAUACCGUCAGCACUUCGAGCACGACGGGAAGCAACCUCAGCGUGUCAUCGCCCACGCAUAAUGCAUCCCAUAAUGCACCCCACAAUGCGUCGCACCAUCCGUUCCGGACGACACGGCAGCGGCCCGUCUCGCGGGUGCCCGGUGCCCCAGAUCCGGGCCUGCCACCGGCGUUUCGGGCUGCCUUUCGCAAACAGCAGGAACGGAAGAAGACCUCGGACAGCUUCCUGAACCUGAGCUCGGUGCACUCGAGAACGACUGCGUGCUCGAACACAAACUAUACUGCCGAGAGCAACGGUUCCCUUGGGAGCCUCGGGAGUAGCAGCGACGACGAUUCCUUCGACGGAGAGGACAGCUUUGCGAGUUUGGAUAGCGACGCCGACGAAGACGACGAGGCCUACCGGGAGAGUCGGAACCAGCUGGCGCGGCUCGAGAUCGAAAAACAACAGCAAUCGAAGGAUGCCAAACGGGUUGGACCAUCUCGAUUCAAGAAAAAGCCAAUGGGGGUACACGGGACGCCGCUGGGUUUCAUAGCCGAAUAGUAGCGAGAACCAGUGGAGGACAUUGAAAAAAAUGCAGUGGACGGUACCAAUUGCCACUUCCAUCGCUACCGCACUUUGUUUUAUCGCUGUUCUCGUAAGGUAGAUAACAGCCAUCAAGAGGAGUCUUCCUUAGUAAAAAUUGUAAUCUUAA